AUGAAAGAAGGUGAUCUGCACGGUGACGAUGCCCAGUUGGCUUCCUUGGGUCAUCGGCCCGAGCUCCAACGCAACUUUUCUACCUGGUCAAUGCUGGGACUCGCUUUUGCUGUGUUGAAUUCAUGGACUGCACUUUCGGCCAGCUUAUCAAUCAGUCUCACCUCUGGGGGUAGCACGAGUGUUGUAUGGGGUCUCGUCACGGCCGGCUUUUGCAAUUUUUGCAUCGCAGCCUCCCUAGCGGAAUUCCUCUCCGCAUAUCCCACAGCAGGUGGGCAGUACCAUUGGGUUGCAGUUAUCUCAUGGCCAAAGUGGGUCCCAAUCUUGUCCUGGAUUACGGGCUGGAUUAAUGUAGCCGGCUGGGUUGCUCUCGUCGCUACAAAUUCGCUCCUGUCCAGCCAGCUUAUUGUUGGGAUCAUUUCCUCGUUGCACAAGGACUACGAGCCACAACGAUGGCACCAAUUUCUCAUUUACAUUGGGUUAACACUGGCCGCAUUUAUCAUCAACGCCUUUAUGAAUUCAAUUCUUCCGGUCAUCUACCGCGGUGCCUUUAUGUGGUCCAUCGGAGGAUUUGUAGUCGUAUCCAUCACUGUCCUUGCAUGCGCGUCUCCUGACUACAACUCCGCAUAUUUCGUCUUUUGCGACUUCGUCAACACAACAGGGUGGCCUGAUGGUAUUGCAUGGCUGCUUGGACUACUCCAAGGCGGACUAGGUGUUACUGCCUUUGACGCCGUCGCACACAUGAUAGAAGAGGUCCCUCAGGCAUCAACAGAAGGCCCCAAGAUCAUGAUGUCCUGUGUGGGCAUCGGAACUUUCACAGGCUCAAUCUUCUUGAUUGUCCUACUCUUUGUCGCCGGCGACAUGGGCCAAGUCGCCAAAUCGGCUGCCGGCCCUCUCCUGCAGAUACUCAUUGACGCAACCAGCAAUAAAGCGGGUGCGAUCUGCCUCUUGAUGCUGCCGCUUGUCUGCUUGGUCUUUGCUAUCAUUAGUGUCAUGACUACCAGCAGCCGAAUGAUCUUUGCAUUUGCUAGGGACGGGGGUCUCCCUGCCUCUCGGGUCUUUGCCGCCGUUCAUCCUACGCUCAAGCUGCCACUCAAUGCCCUUAUUCUGACCGUCAUGGUGGUCAUUGCCUUUGGUUGCAUCUUCUUGGGAUCCACGAGUGCUUUCAACGCCAUCAUAUCUGCUUCUGUCGUAGCUCUCGAUCUAUCCUACGGAAUGCCCAUCGCCAUCAACUGCCUCCAAGGACGAAAGGCACUCCCAGACAGAAAGUGGAAGCUUCCAAGCGCAAUUGGAUGGAUUGCUGAUCUGAUUGCCCUCUCAUACAUUAUCCUCACUACGGUUCUGUUCGUCUUCCCGCCCUCGACCAAGGUCACUGGGAGUAGUAUGAAUUACUGCAUUGCGGCCUUUGCGGUUAUUAUCAUCAUCUCUGUUUUUCAGUGGAUCGUCGAUGGACGGAAGAAUUUCACUGGUCCUCGGGUUGAUUUCGCGAUUGAUGCGCUGGAUACUACUCCCAGAGAGGCAGACUCAGAGCAGAGAACCAGCGAGAAAUAG